AUGACUAAUUUGGGAUAAAUCAAUCAUUUGUAAUGGGAAGGGGUUUACAGUAAUGAUUUGAAGAAGGUUGGAAGAUGGAGACCAAUUUGGAAAGGUUCAGCAUUAAGCGAUUUUGGGGGAUUGUACUCAGAAAAUGGAAAAAAGUUUGGGCAAUGGAAAGAAUUAUUCAAAACUUUUUCAGAGUAAUAUAGUGUUUUUAGCUUAUUAAAGCUUAAGUAUAUGAAGUUGGAGAAUACUUUGAAGAUAUAAAAACAGGAGAUUGGAAAUUUAUCUAUGAAGAAAAUAAAUGUAAUUAAAAUUUAGAAUUUAAGCGGAGGUGGUUUAUAUGAUGACUAAGGAUUAAAUAUUGCCUUUGGGUAGAUUUAAGCGAUUAUUUUUGGGAGUACUUUUUAAUAAUAUUAAAAUAAAUAGCUAUAAUUAAAUCAUUUACAAAGGGGAGUAUAGAAAAGGUAAAAAAAUUGGUUUAUGGUCAAACUUUAAGAAUGGAAAUAAUGAAGAAUGUGAAGUUAUGUAUGAAUUUGUAGAAUUAUUAUCCUUUUAUUGUGAUGGAGGUUUUUAUAAUGAAUAAGGGUAGAAAAAUGGAAAAUGGGAAGAUUUGAACUAAGAUUUUAAUUAGUAAUUAAAUAUAUGAAUUUUAGAAAUGAGAAAGUAUUUUAUAAAGGUGAAUAUCUAAAUGGUAUAAAAAUUGGAAAAUGGAAUAUAAAAUAUAGAGAGAUAAAAGGGGAU